GGUGUUUCAUUUUCUUUGUAACCGUAGAUGUGGAAGGAUAACUAUAUUUUUUCUAGCGUUCAUAUUUUAAUGUGAUUAACAUUAAAUUCAGAAAAUAUACAAACUUUUAUGUGCGGUAGACUGUACUUAUUAAGAUAUUGUUCCAUUAUAGCUGGUAAUUUGAUGUGCGUUUUCUUGUUCUAAAUUCUGGACUAAUAAUGCAUGCGAGUCACUGUCAUUUAAGUUAGUGUUUUAGAAUAACAUUAUAUAUUUCUGGAGAGUACUAGUAAUAUGCCCUCUUGGGAUCGACUAAAUUUUCGAUUUAUUGACGUCAUAAAGAAGUUUACUGGUGAAUUUGAAAAGGAAGUGGAGAUGUCAGAUUUUGUUGGAAAUAUUGAGCAACUGGAGCAUAUGGAGGUGGUGCUGAUUGGCGAGAGGCUUAGGGAAGCACUGCAAGAUGCCAAUCUCAUAAAGAACCGGAAGUACCAUCUACGCACGUACCGGUCAUGCAUUGUGGGUAAAGAGCUGGUGGGCUGGUUAGUUAGAAAUAAACAUUGUGCUACUAGAGAAGCCGCGAUAGACGGGUUGAAGGUUUUACAGCAACAUUCGUUAAUCCACCAUGUUUGCGAUGAUCACGAAAUUAAAGACGAGCUUCUAUUUUACCGUUUCCGGCGUGAUGACGACACAUACAUGAAGGACAAAGAUCUGUCUCUGUUCUACAGAGCCCUUGAACUUUAUAACGGAUUAUCAACUAGAAGUGUAAACAUCAUUCGAAGUUAUCAACAAGAUGGUGAAUUAUACAGGAACGCGUUUCAGGGCUCCGAGUUCGUUGACUAUCUGUUGGGAGAGGGUACGGUGUACAGUCGGGAGGAGGCUGUUAUACUGGGUCGCAGACUACUAGAAAAUGACACUAUCAGACAUGUAACAGAUGAUUUCCAUUUCCGGGAUGACAGUCGUCUGCUGUACCAGUUCACACUGGAUUUCUCAAAGCGGCGUCAACUAUCAGAAGUAUUCAAUUACGUGCCACAUAACCGGAAGCGGGACGACAGGCAGACGAACACCACUGCUAAAGACAGACAAUUUCAGUUUCAUACGCCUAAAUCAUCACCAACACAUUCGCCAGAAAGAAGUCGUAGAAGACAUUCGAUUGGCGGCAAUUCGGAUUUCUUGGUAGUGGAAGGCGACAACAAAGGUACCCUGGGUAAUGCCGGAGACGACCGAUUAAGAAGUAUGUCGGGUGAUUCCGGAAAUGGAACGGAUUGCAGCGAAACCGGGUGUGAACAAUUUGGAACGACGCGAUCUGUACUCCUUCGUCAUGCAACAGUAGCCGAACUUGAGUCUCCUGACACUCCAUAUAUCAAACAAACUAUAAAAAUUCGAAGCGAUCCGGUUGGUUAUGGGUUCGUUAUACGUGGAAACAGUCCUAUCUAUGUUCAAGCAGUGGACCCGAUGGGUCCGGCAGCGGUUGCUGGUCUUAAGGUCCGUCAAUAUAUUUACUCAGUGAAUGGCGUUUACGUGUUGAGGAGUGAUCACAAAACUGUUGGUAAACUUAUCAUGCAGAGCGUUUCUCACGUCACACUUGUUAUCAUGACGCAUAAACGCGACGCUGGAAUGUAAUUCCGUUAAAAUAUUACGUAACAAUUAUGACGUCACGGCGGAAAGCAUAUAAAACGCUAUUGAAAAUAACGUUUUGGGAAUCAGUUGGUGGGUUAUUGUGCAAUAAAGGCAGAUUUACAUGUAUAUAAGCUAUUUAAUACACAGACAAACAUGAAUGCCUUAUAAUCAUGAACAAUCACAAGAAACAUUUUUCAAGUGAUUUGGAGCAAUUAUGUCAGAGGAAAAUAGGCCUCUUACCAUGCGCUUGUUUUUAGUGUCCCUUAAAUACUGUAACAAUAUGAUAUAGGCAAUUGUCGGGUGAGGCAUCCGCCACCCACCCCUAAAUAACCGAAGAGAUGAAUUGAAUUAUCUUGGUUUACAAAUGUGUGCUACUUUAUGGCAAGGUGUGUUACAUGUGUAAGGUAUAGAGAAGAAAAUAUAAACUGAUUGUUCCCUUUAUUUCUCUGAAUAUGCUCGAAAUGUUGUCUGCUGAAAUUUGUUCAUUAUGUGUAAAACUACAUGUACAUUGUUGAUCUCAUUGUUUUAUAUCA